AAUCAGGAUACAAUAUAGCAGGAAACAUAACAACUCUCUCACUGCUGUAAUGAGUUAAUGACAUCCAGUUUUAUGUAAUGAUGCAAUAUGUAUUGAUUCAAGCAAGAUCGAAGUACAUCUAUUUAAUCUAUAGAAAGAGUUCAGAAGGAAACAUAGUAAGUAAGAUUAGAGUACUUAAUAAAUACGGAGUACAAAGGACUGUAUAUGUUCAAUUAAGAUACUGGCCGAAGAAAUUGCGAACUCGAGUCCACAAACUCUGGUUCCUCGAUUCCCUGUGAUGAUCGAAGCCAUGAUGGCGUACCGAUACGUGCAGUCCGAGUUUCUCUGCAUCCUCGCCGCGUUGAUGGUGCUGAUGCGCGUGCUGGUGAAGGAACGGCAUCAACUCCGGCGGAAGUCGUCGAUCGUUACUCUUACUGGCAGGGAGGAUCAUGUCGUUGCCGAAGGUGAUCUCGGCGCCCGAUCUCAAAAUCGGCCUCGGUUUUUGGCCGUGGCGGAAAUGAUGGCGGCAUCCACUGAGUGGGAGGACAGAUCUGAACCAGAAGCGGCGGUUGAUCGGACGGAAUUUUUGCAGAUCUAGCGUCGUGAACUUGACGGCGCUGGCUUUCUUCUCUGAAUCCGUGGUAUCUUCCUUUCUGUUUGAUGAGUCGCUGGGGAGGCGAAGGGAAUCAUCAGAGUGCGCAUCGGAUUGAGCGAGUUUGUCAACUGUGACGUCAUUCACCGGUUUGGUUAAUAGAGAACGGGCAACAGAGAGGGUGAAGAGCAAAAAGAGAACCGCAACGGAAAGCUUCGACAUUGUUACUGUAAUUCGGAAUGGGGUCACUGGAAUUUUAAAUUACCCAAAUGU